GAAUCUUCUCAACUUUCUCUUCUCUUUCGCUCGCUCAAUUGUUAAACAAACACACACACACACACAAAAAAAAAACUGGCACGACCACCACCAUGAGGAGUUCACUUCCUCCAGCCAACAGUGGAAGAAGAUCAACGACUAACCGUCAGUGGUCUCUUCCCUCCGCUUCCCCCUACUCUCUCUUUGCUCACCGACCUACUCAACACCACCGCCACAGCCACUACCCUAACUCCAAUUCCCCGCCAAAUCACAGGCCCGAUCGUGGCCCAACUACGCGUACCAAGCCCAAUUUCAUCGUUCACCUCGUCCACCCGAGAACCCCCGCCGCUGCAGCCAACACCACCGACGGCGACUCCAACCCGUCCUUUUCCGUCAGAAAGCGAGCGAUCAGCACCGUCGCCUCUCUCUGCGGAGUCCCGGAGGAGUCCGUCCACGUUCCCCAGCUCGGCCGCGUCGCCGGGAGCUUCGGUUUUCGCCAGUGGAUCGACGCGCUCUCCGCCGUCGUCGCUCUAUGGGACCUCCGCCUCCGAGGGAAGCACGGUUUCGUCCCCGAGCUGGUUCCCAACGUCGUCGUCCCGUCCGACGUGGACGAGCUCAGAGACAGGCUCCGUGAUCUCUUCUCGGCUCACGUUCUCUCCCUUUUGCAAAACGGAGAAAGCCUCAAGAAGGUGAGGGGAGAGAUAGACGAGAAGUCUCGUCGAAUCGAGUCGUUUGCGUCCAAGAGGGGUCUUAGAUUAGAGGUGUUUGAUAAAAAGAAGGCUUUAGAGGCGGAGAGAGAUUUGAUCGUCAAGCGGCUUGAGGAAUUCAAGAUUGCUAUGAUGAGCAUUGUGAAAUUUCUCAGAAGAAGUGACUGCUCUGAGGUUGAUAGGGAAGAUGACGUGGACGUGUUUAGUUUGGUAGGGGACUAUGAUUGGCCACGUAUUCAUAGUUUGAUCCGCAGGGAGUGUCGAAGGUUAGAUGAUGGUCUGCCUAUCUAUGCCCACCGCCGAACUAUUUUGAAGAAAAUUCAUGGCCAACAGGUAACGGUAUUGAUUGGAGAAACCGGCUCAGGGAAGAGCACUCAGUUAGUUCAGUUCCUUGCUGAUUCCGGAAUUUCCGCCAGUGGAUCGAUCGUUUGUACGCAGCCAAGGAAAAUCGCUGCAUUGACAUUGGCUGAUCGGGUCAGAGAAGAAAGCAACGGUUGUUACGAGGAAGAAGAUUCCGUCAGCUGCGCAUCAGCUUUCUCUUCUGCCGCCGACGAGCAGAUUAGUUCCAAAGUUGUGUUCAUGACGGAUAACUUUCUGCUUCAACGCUACAUUAAAGACCGGAGUCUGUCUGGCGUUUCGUGCGUUGUUAUCGACGAAGCACAUGAGAGGAGCUUAAACACGGACCUUCUUCUGGCAUUGCUCAAAGAGCUCCUAUCCAGAAGAGUUGACCUUAGGCUUGUCAUCAUGUCCGCCACGGCAGAUGCUUACCAGCUUUCAGAGUAUUUCUUUGGCUGUGAGAUUCUCCGUGUCAACGGAAGGAACUUUCCGGUGGAGAUUAUAUAUUCACCUAGUAUUGACACAGAAGGGAGUUCUGUUGUUGGUGGCCGCAUUGCUCCAUAUGCUGAUGAUGUUGUUAAGAUGGCAAUGGAAGUGCAUAGAACAGAGAGAGAAGGAACCAUCCUUGCGUUCUUGACUUCCCAAGCAGAGGUAGAAUGGGCAUGCGAGAGGUUUAUAGCUCCAUCAUCUGCAGUUGCUUUGCCUUUGCAUGGAAAGCUAUCUUUUGAAGAGCAGUUUAGGGUUUUCCAGAACCAUCCCGGGAGACGGAAAGUGAUAUUUGCCACAAACAUUGCAGAGACCUCUCUGACUAUCCCUGGUGUCAAGUAUGUGAUUGAUUCCGGGAUGGUGAAAUUGAGUAAAUACGAGGCGAGAACGGGUAUGAGCAUCCUCAAGGUUUGCCGAGUCAGUCAAAGCUCAGCUCAGCAGCGUGCUGGUCGUGCUGGAAGGACAGAAGCUGGAAGAUGUUACAGACUCUACUCGAAACACGAGUUUGGUUCUCUGAGUCUUAAUCAGGAGCCUGAAAUUCGGAGGGUUCAUCUUGGUGUAGCAGUUUUGAGGAUUCUUUCUCUUGGUGUAGACAACAUAGCGGAUUUUGAUUUUAUCGACGCGCCUGACCCUGAAGCUAUCGCUAUGGCUGUCAAAAAUCUUGUUCAGUUGGGUGCAGUCGUUGAGAAGAAUGGUGUUCUUAAAUUAACACAGGAAGGACAUUGUUUAGUUAAGCUGGGUCUGGAGCCAAAGCUUGGGAAGUUGAUUUUAGGCUGCUUCAGACACAGAAUGGGCAAAGAGGGGAUUGUUCUUGCUGCUGUCAUGGCCAAUGCUAGUAGUAUAUUUUGCAGAGUUGGCAACCUCGAUGAUAAGAUGAAAGCUGAUUGUCUAAAGGUGCAAUUCUGCAACCAUAAUGGAGACCUGUUCACUCUUCUUUCGGUGUACAAAGAAUGGGCCUCUCUGCCGCGAGAGAGGAGAAAUAAAUGGUGCUGGGAAAAUAGCCUGAAUGCCAAAUCAAUGAGGAGAUGUGAAGACACGGUCAAGGAACUGGAGAUAUGCAUUGAGAGAGAACUUUCUCUUGUCAGUCCAAGUUGCUGGGUUUGGAACCCAACCGAGGGUAAUAACAAACACGAGAAGCAUCUGAAAAUGGUUAUACUUGCAUCUCUCGCUGAAAACGUGGCGAUGUACACCGGCUAUGAUCGACUUGGGUACGAGGUGGCAUUGACUGGUCAGCAAGUUCAGUUGCAUCCGUCGUGUUCGUUGCUAGCGUUUGGACAGAAGCCAAACUGGGUUGUUUUCGGUGAACUUCUUUCAGUUGUCGACCAGUACUUAGUAUGUGUAACCGCGUUUGAUUUUGAAGCUUUGUCUAUGCUUGAUCCACCUCCACCUUUUGAUGCAUCUCAUAUGGAUGAGUUGAGGCUCCGAGUGGAAAAGGUGGCUGGUUGUAGCAGCACUCUGCUGAAACGAUUCUGUGGGAAAUCUAACCGUAGUCUGCUUUCGAUUGUUUCUCGUGCUAGGUCUCUUUGUGUGGAUGAAAGGAUUAGUAUUCAAGUUGAUGUCGAUCAGAACGAGAUUCUACUGUAUGCGCCUCCCCACGACAUGGACAAAGUGUCUGCACUAGUGAACGAUGCAUUGGAAUGUGAAAAGAAAUGGAUGCGUAAUGAAUGUUUGGAGAAGUAUAUAUAUCAUGGUCGAGGACAAGUACCCCUUGCACUGUUCGGAUCUGGUGGUCAGAUAAAGCAUCUUGAAGUUGAUCAGAGAUUCUUGACAGUCGAUGUACUUUAUUAUGGAGACAAUCUUCUUGAUGACAGAGAGCUUCUGACGUUGCUGGAGAAGAAGGUUGAUGGGUGUAUCUGCGCGAUUCAUAAGUUUACUGGUAACAAGCAAGACUGUGAUGAGAAGGAGAAGUGGGGUAGGGUUACCUUUCUCACUCCGGAAUCUGCUAUGAAGGCAACAGAGAUUCAGAAGUUUGAUCUCAACGGAUCAGUGAUUAAACUAUUUCCAUCACUGUCAGCUGGUGGUGGAGGAAGUUUGAAGACGCCUUCUUUCCCUUCUGUUACAGCUAUGAUUCGUUGGCCGCAAAGGGAAAGCCGUGGUAAAGGUUUUCUUAAGUGCGCUUAUGGUGAUAUUCACAGUAUAUUUGGUGGGGCUUCUUCUGGCAUUGUGAUAGGAACGAAAUACCUCUUUAAGGCAGAUCCAGGGUUCAGUGAUUCUAUCUUGAUUACUAAUAUUGACACAAAUCUUUCGGACUCGGAAGUUUUAGAUGUUUUGGAGUUGGCUACGCAGAGAACAGAUUUGGAGUUUUCCUUACUCAGAAGAGAGAUUUUGCAUUGCCCACCUCCUACUGAUUGUGAAGAUAUUCUGCAUAAGAGAAUAUUUGCGUGCUUGUCAUCGAGUAAUCCAGACCCAAACUGUGUUCAAGUCAAAGUUUAUGAACCAAAAGAAGCUAAUUUUGUGCGAGCGUUGAUUACUUUUGAUAGGAGAUUACAUCUGGAAGCUGCAAAAGCUUUGCAGGAGUUAGAUGGAAAACUCCUACGUGAAUCCCAUCCAUGGCAGAAGAUAAAAUGCGAGCAAAAGUUUCAAAGCUCCAUAAUCUGUCCUGCUUUUAUCUACAGCAUAGUUAAAAGACAAUUGAAUGCUAAGCUAACAAGCUUCAAGAGACAAAGAGAAUGUGAAUGGCAUCUGGAGCCAACUCACAGUGGUGCUUAUCGUGUUAAAAUUUCCGCUAAUGCAACAAGACCCAUAUCGGUGAUGCGGAGAUCUCUUGAAGAACUCAUAAGAGGAAGACCGAUAAACCACCCAGGCUUAACCCCAAGAGUCUUGCAGCAUCUUUUGUCCAGAGAAGGUGUUACUCUGAUGCGGAAGAUCCAACAUGACACUGAAACUUGCAUUGUAUUAGGCAGGCACAAUCUCACAGUACGCAUUUGCGGAUCAGAAGAGAAAAUCGCUGCGGCUGAACAAGAACUGGUUCGGUCACUUCUGGCUUAUCACGAGAGCAAGCAACUUGAAAUCCGCCUCCGAGGUCCUCAUUUCCGUCCUGACCUCAUGAAGGAAGUUGUGUAUCGGUUUGGUCCAGAGCUCAAAGGUAUCAAAGCAAAGGUGAACGGUGUGGAUCUCAAGCUCAACACUCGGCACCAUGUUAUUCAUGUUCAUGGGAGCGUGGAAAUGAGGCAGGAAGUAGAGAAGAUGGUGUAUGAACUUGCACGGGAAGGUAGUUCACUGGGCGGUAAAGCAGAUGACGUUGAAGUUGAAUGCCCCAUUUGCUUGUCUGAGGUUGAGGAUGGCUACUCUCUUGAAGGAUGUUCACACCUCUUCUGCAAACCUUGUUUGUUGGAACAACUUGAGGCAUCGAUGAGAAACUUUGACGCAUUUCCCAUAAUAUGUUCUCACGUCGACUGUGGAGCUCCAAUUGUAGUUGCUGAUAUGAGAGCCCUCUUAUCACAAGAGGAGCUCGAUGAACUCUUCAGAGCAUCCCUGUCCUCUUUUGUAACAACCAGCGAUGGGAAGUUCCGGUUCUGCUCCACACCUGAUUGCCCUUCCAUCUACCGUGUAGCUGGUCCUCUAGAUUCAGGGGAGCCAUUCAUCUGCGGAGCUUGUAACUCAGAGAUAUGCACAAGGUGCCACCUGGAGCAUCACCCGGAUAUCACUUGCGAAAGGUACAAACUGUUCAAGGAGGAUCCGGACAUGUCGUUGAAAGACUGGGCAAAAGGGAAGAACGUGAAGGAGUGUCCUUUGUGCAAAGCCACCAUAGAGAAAUCUGAAGGGUGUAACCAUCUACUGUGCCGGUGUGGGAAUCAUAUAUGCUGGGUCUGUUUAAAGUCCUUCCCUGAACAAGAACCUUGUUAUGAACAUUUAAGAGCAGAACAUGGUGGGAUAGGCAUCUUCGAUGAGCUCGGCAUCCCCAUACUUUGAAGCCUGAAACCAGACCUCUGCAAAAAUGUACAAAUUUGUUUUAAGUAGAGGUCCAUGUGUCUAUAUAUUGUGUAACAUUAUCUGGCUUGGUUCAUAUGUACAUAUGUGGAGAUAUUGGUUCAGUA